AUGCUGCGGCUUCUCCUAUUUACAACAACCUCACUGGUGGUUACAGGUGGGCGGGGGGUUUUUUCGCUGAAAAUUUUGAGAAUUUUUGGGGAAAAACUGAAAUUUUCUGAAAAAAUUAAAAAAAAAUUUAAAAAAAAAAAUUAAAAAAUUUUUUUUGCGUGGCCGAACUUUUGAAAUUUCUAGGCCACAAUCACGAAACACUGAUUUUUUGAAUCAAAAACGUACACGACCAUUUUUACUCCAAUAGAAAAUUGUCCCUCGUGUCAGACGAGAGACGACGAGAGUCUAAUGACGUCAUCAAAGACAUCGCUUCAAGAUAUUUUUGAAAAAAGUGUGUGUGCCUUUGAAAAAUACUCUCGCCGUCUGGCGUCUGACUCAAAGGGCCGUGCCUAUACUCACAAUAAUCAUCUACCAAUCGUUUUUCAGCCUACGCUGGUUGCGAAGACGCGGAUCCAAAAUGCAGUGAAUGGGCAACAGCCGGCGAAUGUUCCUCAAACGCAGUUUGGAUGAUGGCAAACUGCCGUAAAUCCUGCCAUUCAUGCCAGGGCGGCGAUACCGCCUGGAAACUGCGAACCCACAUUCAAUCCACGUACAAAAAUGUGACGGACAAUAUCACUCGUCAAGUUCGCGUUGAAAGUGUUCGAAUCAACAAUGUUGAGAUCGAUGAGCGCCGGCAAAAUGUAAAAGUUUUCGGGAGAUUCGUUUUGAGUUGGAACGACACAAUGGUUUCGUGGGAUAAAGGACAAUGGGGUUUGAGUUGGCUGAAUUUUUAUUGGAUUCAAAUUUGGACACCAAAUAUUGUCCAAAUCAAUGGGGGAUCCACUUCAAAUCCAGGACAAGUUACAAGCAAAGUCUUGGCGGCUAAUUACACCGGUCAAAUCUAUCUAUGGUCAGAUUUCUCUUUCACAACACCAUUCAGAUUCCAAUACGAAGACUAUCCAAAUGAUGUUCAACGAGUUUGUUAUAAAUUUGAUGACAAACGUCUUUUGGCAGUACAUUUUACGGUUGCUGAUGGAGUUAAGAAUAAGGAAAGAGAAGCAACCACAGAUCCUUUCGUUUCUGGAUGGAAAAUUGAUGAUGUUGAUGUUAUUGUAAGUGUUUUCCCUGAAUUUUGAAAAAAAAUUUCAAAAUCCAGGCGAUUAGUCAUAAAGAUCAAAAGGAGAAAAAUGGAGUGGCAAGUUUCCCAAAGCUUUUUUAGCGUAGCAACUAAUUUAGCUUACUUAGCUUGGCUUUAAUUUUAAUUAUAGAUAAUCACCCAAAAAAUAAACUUUCCAGGAAUCCCCAUACACCGUCGAACAACUCUCCGAUCCUCGCCGUAAUCCAUUCGAUGUUCAAGCCGACAAUUGUGAACUCUGCAUUUCGCUUCGUCGGAACGCCGUGUAUUUCACAUCGGAGAUGUUGCUUCCUGCGCUGAUCACGUCACUUUUCACAUUGGCUGCUGUGUUCUUCCAACUUUCGAAAACCCAGCCGAUUCUUUUGGGAUUCUCGGUUGUUGCGCAGAUUUUGUCAUUGAUUUUGGUAUCGCAGCGAUUGCCAUCGUUCACAGCGCACACUCCAACUAUUCGUGAGUUUUUUUUUUGGGGGGGGGGGGUUUGAAGCGUCUGCCGAACUGCCAGGGUUCGGCCGGCAGGUAACUUUGGCUGGCCUGACCUGGGCGUGUACCCGGCAUUUUUAAAAAUCAAAAAAAUCCUACGACGGCCAGGUCGCGUGUACAUGCCUAGGCCAUGCCAGCCAAAACUGCCCGCCGCAAGCAUGCCUGAUUUUCUCUGUGUGAGGUCGAACCCUGGCUUUGCAAAAAUGCAGGCAGGCCUGUAGUGGAGCGGUUAACUAACUUUAGGUGCAUUUUUUAAGGUAGGGGUUUAACUUUUAAAAAUAUUGAGGUUUUUCAGGCUUUUAUGGGUAAAAAAUCAGCAAAACUUAAGUUAGGUUAGGGGGGUUGCUUUUCGAAAAUUUUACCUGGAAGGGGGGUUAACUCAGGGGUCCUCGGAGCCCCAACCAAAUUUCAUUUUCCAGUCAAAUUCGCCGGUUUCAACAUGACAUGGACGGCAAUUUUAUUCGUCGUAUCCCUCGUUCUCGAACGUAUGGCCACUUCAAGUGUCGAUAUUCCACCGCCACACGCAGUUUCGCAAUUUGCCGGUGUCGUCAAUGCGGUUCUUCCUAUUCCAAAGGUAUACUAAUGAUUGAAAUGGGCAUAGGGGGCCACCAGGGCCUGACAUAAGGCCCACCAGGGGUGGGAAACCUGGCCUCGUGUUGGCUUUGGUGGUGACUAACCUGGCUAACUGUCAUGACAUUUUCCCCACCCAUAAGGCCCAUAAUCCGGGCCCCAUAUCUCAAUAUUGUAUUUCUUACAGAACUCCAAACACGAGGACAACAGUCUGCAAUAUGCCGCUUUUGCACACGCACUUAAUCAUGUCAUUUUCGCAUUAUCAGCGAUUCUAUACUUCAUUGUUAUUUUGUUCUCAUUUGUCUUUUAG